UUGUCCGCCGGCUUCGUUGAGCUGUGUGCCCACUCCUGGUAUUCCUUCGGCGCCGGCGCGUCGUCUCCGGCCGAACUGGUGGACCGGGCCGGUUAUUACGGCUAUCCAACCCUGGGCCUGACGGACGUCAGUAAUUUAUGCGGCGCGCUGGAUUUCGUGCAGGAGUGUCGCUCUGCCGGCAUAGGGGCCGUACUGGGCGCCGACCUGACGGUUCGGGAAGGUGACCGGAUGGGCCCGGUGACCUUUAUCGCAGAGAAUGGCGCGGGUUACUCCAACCUGUGUCGACUCAUAUCGCUGGCGUAUGUGACGGGCGGGAGAACCACGCCCGUUCUGGACGUCCGCUUCCUGGAGCCUCACGCUGAGGGUCUUAUCGCGCUGCUGGGGGAUCCGGAUGGCCUCCUGGCGGCGGACAUUUCCGCCGGACAUUGGAGCAUGGCCGAGGGACGGGCAAAGCAGUACGCCGGCUGGUUCGGCGCCGGGUCGGUAUUUCUGGGGCUGCAGCAGCACCUGGCGCAUGGCGAUACCGUCCGCAACGAGCGCAUGUCACAGUUGGCGGAGCGGUGCAGAUUGGGCUGCGUUGCGACCAACGCUCCCUGGUAUCACGAUACAUCCCGCGCGCGGCUGCAUGACUCACUUACGGCCAUGCGUAUGAACUCUUCUCUAAGCGAGAUACGCAAUAGUCUCAAGGUGAAUUGUAACUACGACCUACAGACAAGAGACGUGAUGGAACAGCGACUCCGCAAAUAUCCCGAGUCACUUACCAACACGCUUGUCCUGGCAGAGCGGUGUUCCAAUUUCAGCGCGCUGGAUUUUGUGACCAGCAGCUACCGUUUCCCGGAUGUGCCCACGCCACCGGGCCAUGACGCUCAGUCAUGGCUGGAGCGGCUCUGCGAGGAGUCGGCCGCGCGACGCUAUGGCGGUGUUGAUCGACGGGUAAGAGAACGCCUGGAUGAAGAAUUCGAGCUUAUCCGGAAGCAUGGUUUGGCCGGGUUCUUCCUGGUCUACCACCGAGUGGUGGAACUGGCGCGCGAAGUCAUGCUGGAACUGGGAUGGGGACACCAGGAAACGCCGCUGGAGUGGCUCCCUCCAGGACGAGGACGUGGCUCCUCGGUGUCAAUGCUGGUGGGGUAUCUGAUCGGGCUGUCACACGUUGACCCGCUGGAUUACGGCCUGGCCCUGGACCGUUUCCUGUCGUCCGAGAGCACAUCGAUGCCGGAUAUUGACCUGGACUUUCCCCGGGAUAUACGUGAGCGUCUCAUACUGAGAAUUAUCGAGGAGUGGGGUUGGGACCAUGCCGUGUUGACGGGAAUGUUCCCCACGUACAAAGCGCGAGGAGUGAUACGGGGCCUGGGGAAAGCCCUGGGAUUGCCGCCUGAUGAGCUGCCGGGCUACGCGGAACUGGUGAAACGACCGGGUUGGGACCGUCUUUUCGCGCUGGCUGACAGCCUCCAGGGUUUUCCCAAGGGUGUGGCACAGCACCCGGGAGGAAUGCUGCUGAGCUCCACCGCCCUCACGGACUUUAUGCCGGUGCAGCCGGCCGCCAUAGCGGGACGCUAUAUCGGGCAGUGGGACAAGGAGAGCGUGGAUGACGCCGGCAUGCAGGCGGUACGGCUGGUCCGGAACCGCACCGGCGUUGAGCCGGACCUGAGUCGGAUCGACUACCGGGAGAAAGAUGUUUUCGACGACCUGGGGCGGGGCGACACGGUGGGAGUGUUCCAGGUGGAGUCGGCGGCGCAGAUGCAGACCAUCGUGCGGAUGCAUCCGGAGGACAUCUACGAACUGGCUUUGGAAUCGCCGCGGUACGCCCUGGCGUAG